AUGAUCGACCACACGCAAAUGUUCGUUCCGGCCGCGGACCACAAGACCGUCGUAGCGUUCUACGAGGCGGCGCUGAAGCCCUUGGGCUACAAGAAACUGCUCGCCUUCGGGCCCAAUGAAGAAUCUGUCGGGUUUGGCGAUGGCGAAUUUGCGCACCACCCCAUGAAGACCGACUGGUGGGUCAUCGCCUCGCCAGCAAAACCGGACAACUCGCACCACGCGUUCCGCUGCAAAGACAGAGCAUCUGUCGACGCUUGGUAUAAUGCAGCGAUAGAAGCGGGGGCCAAAGACAACGGGAAGCCGGGCAUCCGUUCACACUAUCAUGCUCACUAUUACGGGGCCUUCGUGAUUGACCCUGCCGGCAACAAUAUUGAGGCUGUUUGCCACGAUGUUGUCGAGUAA